AUGCAGUUGAGGCUAGUUCCAAAUAUUACACAAUCUCAACACUUAUUUUCUAGGAAACAAAUUGACACAGUCUUAAUUGAUGUGGAAGAAGAUGAUUUACCAUUUGAAGAAGAUAUAUUACGUAAUCCCUACUCUGUUAAAUGUUGGUUGAGAUAUAUAGAACAGAAGAAAUCUGCCACCAGUUCUGUUAUAAAUGUUCUAUAUGAGAGAGCUCUAAAAGAACUACCAGGAAGCUAUAAAUUAUGGUACAACUAUUUAAAACUACGUCGAAAUCAGUUGAAAGGAAAGUGUGUAGUUGAUCCAGCCUAUGAAGAUGUUAAUAGUGCGUAUGAACGAUCCUUGGUAUUUAUGCAUAAGAUGCCGAGAAUAUGGAUAGAUUAUUGUCAGUUAUUAAUGGAUCAAGGAAAGAUAACUCGAUCUAGAAGAACCUUUGAUCGUGCUCUACGUUCGUUACCAGUUACACAACACAAUAGAAUCUGGCCACUGUAUCUCAAGUUUGUUAGAUUAUAUGAUUUAAAGGAAACAGCAGUCAGAGUUUACAGAAGACAUUUAAUGUUACAGAAAGAGACAGCAGAAGAAUAUAUAGAAUAUUUAAUAUCUAUAGGAUGGUUAGAUGAAGCCGCUAUCAAAUUAGCUGAAAUCAUUAAUGAUGAAACUUUUGUGUCAAAAAGUGGUAAAUCAAAACAUCAGUUAUGGAAUGAACUCUGUGAGUUGAUAGCUAAAAAUCCUGAUAAAGUGACAUCCUUGAAGAUUGAACCUAUUAUAAGACAGGGUUUAAAACGCUAUUCAGACCAGAUUGGUGUGUUGUGGAAUUCUCUAGCUGAUUAUUACAUUCGGGGAGGCCAUUUUGAAAGGGCUAGAGAUAUAUAUGAAGAGGCUAUACAAACAGUUAUAACAGUACGAGAUUUUACUCAAGUUUUUGAUGCUUUCUCUCAGUUUGAGAAAUCUAUGAUAUCAGCUAAAAUGGAAUCAAUGGAAGAGAGUGGAGCAACUGAAGAAGAUGAUGUUGAAUUAGAAUUGAGGUUGGCUCGGUUAGAAGAUCUAAUGGAUAGAAGACCAUUAUUACUCAAUAGUGUAUUAUUACGACAGAAUCCACACAAUGUACAUGAAUGGCAUAAACGUGUAAAAUUAUACGAAGGUAAACCAAGGGAGAUAAUAAAUACCUAUACAGAAGCUGUUCAGACUGUAGACCCACAACUAGCAUCUGGUAAACCACAUACACUGUGGGUAGAAUUUGCCAAAUUUUACGAAAAUGCUGAUCAGAUUGAUGAUUCGAGAGUUAUAUUUGAUAAAGCAACUAAAGUACCAUAUAAACAUGUUGAUGAUUUGGCGUCUGUUUGGUGUGAGUGGGCAGAAAUGGAAAUUAGACAAGACAAUAAUGAGGAAGCUUUAAAAUUGAUGCAGAAAGCUACAGCACCCCCUCCUAGAAAAACAGCAUACCAUGAUGAGACUGAAACUGUACAAAACAGAGUUCAUAAAUCAUUAAAAGUGUGGAGUUUAUAUGCUGAUUUAGAAGAAAGUUUUGGUACAUUUAAGUCAUGUAAAGCAGUAUAUGAUAGAAUUAUAGAUUUAAGAAUAGCUACUCCUCAGAUUAUAAUCAACUAUGGUAUGUUUCUAGAAGAAAGCAACUAUUUUGAAGAGGCAUUUAAGGCAUAUGAGAAAGGAAUAGCAUUAUUUAAAUGGCCUAAUGUAUAUGAUAUUUGGAACAAUUACCUGGCAAAGUUUAUACAAAGAUAUGGUGGUAGUAAGCUAGAACGAGCUAGAGAUUUAUUUGAACAAUGUUUAGAAGACUGUCCUUUAAAAUAUGCUAAAUCAAUCUAUUUACUGUUUGCUAAACUAGAGGAGGAUCAUGGUUUAGCUAGACAUGCUAUGGCUGUAUAUGAUAGAGCUACCAAUGGGGUCUUGCCAGAAGAACAAAAUGAGAUGUUUAAUAUCUAUAUCAAGAAGGCAGCUGAAAUCUAUGGAGUAACACAUACUAGAUCUAUUUAUGAGAAAGCUAUAGAAGUAUUAAAUCAUGAACAAUCUAGAGAAAUGUGCCUGCGUUUUGCAGAUCUAGAAAGGAAAUUAGGUGAAAUAGAUAGAGCCAGAGCUGUUUAUGCUCAUUGUUCUCAAACAUGUGAUCCUAGGACAACAGAAAAAUUUUGGGCUACAUGGAAAGAAUUUGAAAUCAAGCAUGGUAAUGAAGAUACAGUAAGAGAAAUGUUACGUAUAAAACGUAGUGUACAGGCCACGUAUAAUACACAGGUGAAUUUCAUGUCGGCUCAGAUGUUGGUAGCUACUGGGAAUAAAACAGAAACUGGUGAAGUUAAUGAGAUGCAGAAAUUAGAAGAAAAGGCACGACAAUUAGCUGAAGAAUCAUUAAGAGACCAACCUCAAGCUGAUAAGAAAUUACUAUUUGUAAGAAGUUCCACUACAACAGAAGAAUUGGGAGAACUGACUAAAACUAACAAUCCUGAAGAGAUUGAUAUUGAUGAGUUUGAAAGUGAUGAUGAGGCUGAGAUUGAAGGUAGAACAUUGCGUCUGUCUCCACUGUUGGCUCAUCUUCACAAUGUCAAGAUAUUAAGAAUACCUUGA